CGGGAGGUCACGUGAUUUCGCACAGCCGGUCCUGAGCCGGAAGUAGAUCUGAUCAGCCGGAGAGUCGUCAGCAGCCAUGACUGGGAACAGCGGGAGCGACCCCCGGAGACUGGGCAAGGUGCAGAGGUGAGAGUCAGUGGGGGCUGGGAGUGAGGGUCAGAGAGAGUCUGAGUGAGGGUCAAAGAGAGAGUCUGAGUGAGGGGGAGGCUGGGAGUGAGGGUCAAGAGAGUCUGAGGAGGGGAGGCUGGGAGUGAGGGGUCAAAGAGAGUCUGAGUGAGGGGGAGGCUGGGAGUGAGGGUCUGAGUGAGGGGAGGCUGGGAGGAGGGUCAAAGAGAGUCUGAGGAGGGGGGAGGCUGGGAGGAGGGUCUGAGUGGGGAGGCUGGGAGGAGGGUCAAAGAGAGUCCGAGUGAGGGGGAGGCUGGGAGUGAGGGUCAAAGAGAGAGUCUUUCUGAGUGAGGGGGGGAGGCUGGGAGUGAGGGUCAAAGAUGGUCUGAGUGAGGGGAGGCUGGGAGUGAGGGUCAGAGAGAGUCUGAGUGAGGGGAGGCUGGGAGUGAGGGUCAGAGAGAGUCUGAGUGAGAGGGAGGCUGGGGAGGAGGGUCAAAGAGAGAGUCUGAGUGAGGGGGGAGGCUGGGGAGUGAGGGUCAAAGAGAGUCUGAGUGAGGGGGGGAGGCUGGGAGGGAGGGUCAGCAGAGAGUCUGAGUGAGGGGAGGCUGGGGAGUGAGGGUCUGAGUGAGGGGGAGGCUGGGAGUGAGGGUCAAAGAGGGUCUGAGUGAGGGGGAGGCUGGGAGUGAGGGUCAGAGAGAGUCUGAGUGAGGGGGAGGCUGGGAGUGAGGGUCAGAGAGAGUCUGAGUGAGGGUGAGAGAGAAUCUGAGUGGGGGGGAGGCUGGUGGUGAGGGUGAGAGAGAAUCUGAGUGAGGGGAGGCUGGGGGUUAGGGUCAGGGAGAGUCUGAGUGAGGGGGAGGCGGUUAGUGAGGGUCAAAGAGAGUCUGAGGGAGGGGGGAGGCGUGUUAGUGAGGGUCAGAGGAGAGUCUGAGUGAGGGGGAGGCUGGGGAGUGAGGGUCAGAGAGAGUCUGGAGUGAGGGGCUGGGAGUGAGGGUCAGAGAGAGUCUGAGUGAGUGGAGGCUGGGAGUGAGGGGGUCAGGGAGAGUCAGUGAGUGGGGGGAGGCUGGGGGUGAGGAUCAGGGAGAGUCAGAGCGUGAUUGGGGUCAGGGAGUGACGGAGGCUGGGAGUGAGGGUCAGGGGGUGAGUGGAGGCUGGGAGUGAGGGUCAGGGAGUGAGUGGAGGCUGGGAGUGAGGGUCAGUGAGUGUCAGAGUGAGUGGAGGCUGGGAGUGAGGAUCAGUGAGAGUCAGAGUGAGUGGAGGCUGGGAGUGAGGAUCAGUGAGAGUCAGAGUGAGUGGAGGCUGGGAGUGAGGUUCAUAGAGAAUCAAAGAGUGAGGGUCAGGGAGUGAGUGGGGGCUGUGAUUGAGGUUCAGGGAGUUUCAGAACAUGAGUGGGGACUGGGAGUGAGGAUCCGGGCAAUUAAGAGCGUGACACAGAAUGGCAGAAGGUAUACUGGUUCUGACACUGGGAGACCGGCUGCAGGGAGUUUACUUUGUCUAUGGAGGAUCCCACAGUCUAGUGGAAUCCUCCAUAGACCUCAGUGCUGUACUCUCACAAGUGAUGUCAGCGGACCCAUUGGAAGAAUAUGGCGAUGCUUGCGAGGGACAGGUCCAGGUAAGUAGAACUCCCCUUUAUCUGCCCGUCAACUGGACUCCCAGGCAAUGUUUGCCAAUUCUGCAGACUGGCCGUGCUGAUUUAAGACAGGGGAAAUCGAGAGUAAAUGCCAACCUGGGCCUCAUAUGGCCUUUUUUCUACAUAACCGUUUCUUGUUGGUUGUAUAAUAACUCCUUUUGGCUUGCUACAGAGAAGGUAUGGACUUACUCUUUGGUUUGCUAUAUUUUCAGAUGGCUAGUGUAACCAUGAAAGAUGUAGUCACAUCUUGGCACCAAUCCAUGAUUGAUUUGUCUUCUGCCCGCCCAAAUUUACAUAAGUGACGGUCUAUUCCAAGCAAGUCUAAAACCCUAAAGGAGCAUUAUAGGAGAUGAAGUCCAUAAAAUCUGGAGUGUCAAAUGUUGCCUACACUAUCACUAUCAUGUUACAAUGCGUUGAUGUUGCCUGUAAAUGGAAUUAAAGCCCGUUUUAUGCAUGCUUUGGGUGUGGAACUGUAAUGUAAGUUUAUCACAGCAGAAGUAGCUCAGUGGGAUGAAGGGAGUGACAUGGUGUUAUAAUAAUAUUAAAAAGCCCAUCAGAAAUUCUUAUACAAAUGGUAUUUUACUCCAGAAAAAGUACAUAACAUAUAGGACUCUUCUAGUCCUACCUGUUGGAGAUGUAGAACCCAUUCUCAUAUCUGGUAGGUGUGUGGGCUGCUGAGCUCCUACUGGGUUAGAGUUAGGGACCUCCUCAAUACUUUAGAUUUAGGAUCCUUUCCUACAUCCCUGGAGAUAUUUCUAUUUAUGGCCUUUCCACCCUCAACGCUAUUCCUUCUGCAUGCUCUGGCUAUACAUGUUGUUAUAGCCGCCAUGAGAGUAUUUGCGUUACAUUAGAAGAGUCUGGUUGUCCCCACACAAAUGGAGCUGCACUCAAAACUUCCCACAAAACAUGUAUGAAUUGAUAUCAAGCCUUACACCAGACCAGAAAAAGAAAACGAUGGGAUAUGGGACCCUCGGAACAGGUUACAUUAUUGACCUAAUCCUUGAAGCCCUGACUCUCUUCUACAUUUAAACAAACCGUGCGUAGAGCAGAAAUUAAAAACGCCAAUCUUGGUUGCCUGUGCCUUUCUCUGAUUAUGAAAUAAAACCACCAUUACACCAAAAUUGCCGUGUGCUAGGGUUUUCCUUUUGUCUUUUACUUAAUCCUGGCUUGGGCAGUAUACCUCUGCCCCCCUCAUUUUUGUACAUGAUUUGUCUGUCUUCAAGGAAAUGUUAGAAAAGUAAAAAUAAAAUACAAUUUGCUUCAGAUCUGAGGAAGAGAGGAAAAGCCUUGAAAGCUUGUCUUUUAAAUAUUAUGUUAGUCCAAUAAAAAAAGGUAUCAUUGCAUAUACUCUGGUAUAUAAUUUAUUUAUUAUUUCGUAUUUUCGCCCCUCCGUGGUAGAUAACGUAGGACUUUCAUGAUAGUUUUCGGCCUUUUCAUCAUGGUUUCCAUCCUAAAAUGAAGGUAAACUAUGCAUUUACUUUGGGAGACUUAUCUAAAAGUGUCAAUUUUCAGAAAGCAGUGAUGUGAGAUUAUUUAUCAAGGUUAUAUCCUGUUAUGCAGGUCUGAUUUAUUUAGAGCCUCAUAUGGUCGGGAGGAUGUUUAAUUAUAUCCUGGCCAGGAAAACGGAGGCUUCUUCAUUAUGAAUAGCCGUAGUAUCACCUAACGUACAAUUCGUGUAGAUCAACUUACACUAGGUCCUUACCUUGAGUCACAAUGACUGAUUUCCAAUGUGAUACAUUAAUGGAUCAGGUUAGAUUAUCCACCAGGGCCCCAAUGCCAUAUGUUUCCAUGAUUCAAGCUGUUACACAUAAGCCAUGGAUUUGUUAUCCCGUUUUCAGUUCACGGCUGUCUUGUAAAAGCCUUAACCCUGUCUGUGCUAGCAGGGGACCAAUGCAUAAAUUUUAAGGGGAAUUUUGCUCCCUCUAUAAUUAGAAAUUUUAUUUUGACACUGGGAUGCUGAUCCUAUAGACUGUAAGCUCAUUUGAGCAGGGUCCUCUUCAACCUAUCGUUCCUGUAAGUUUUCUUGUAAUUGUCCUAUUUAUAGUUAAAUCCCCCCCUCUUAUAAUAUUGUAAAGCACUACAGAAUCUUUUGGCGCUAUAUUCUAUCUCAGGAUAAACCCUUUAAAUCAUUUAAAUGUUUCUUGAUAGAGUGAUUUCCCUCCACUGAGAUUUAAGUAAAAGCUACCCUAUCCUGCAGGGUGUUUUAUUUGUUUGUGUGUGCUUGGUAGUUUAGAAGUUUAUGCAUGGGAGGUGCAACUCUAAGUAGACUAGCUGGAACCACCGUGGCAUUAGUCCUGAUGUAAAUCAAAGACAUGCUUGGCAGCAAUAAUCACUUAUUUAUUGAUCGCAUUAGGCCAGGGCUCGACAAAUCCCAGGUGCCAGGUCGCCAUGGUGACCAGAAAUUUUGCCCUGGCGCCUGUGAUUUGAAGCCUUUUAGCUAAAGCCUCAGGAUGUGGGAACAAUGGAGCCAGCUGGUCAGCCUAAGCAGCGUGGAGGCGGCUGGUUCAGGGAGCGUGCAGGUGGAUCAUGGAGGAGGCCGUCCUGGAGAGCGUAGAGGCAGCAGGCUGGGGCAGCGCGUGAGGGAGCAGUAAUCUACCUGCAGCUCCUCUCUGCUCCCUCGCACUGUAUAGUGAUGGCAGGAGCCAGAAUAUGACUUCAUUCUGGCCCCGGCAUCACUACAGGGAGCAAAGGGGAGCUGCAAGUAGAUUACUGCUCCCUCGCACACAGGAUGAGAGUAGCCCCACCAGACCCCAGGGAAACAUCCAUUCGGCUCUCCCAAAUUAAAGUGGAAAACGUAAAUUUUUGUGUGUGUCUGUCUCUGUCAGUGCUUGUGUGUGUCUGUGUCAGAGAGUGUCUUUCUGUGACUGUUUAGGUACCUGUACCCCACCGAUCAUGAGAGAGGUGUUUUUACUCACCUUCUUUCCCACGCCGUGCCUGUUUCGCCGCGACUUGUCCUGCCGUCAUGGCUAAGAUAAUCAAUCUUUAAUAUCUCCGCUAAACCAAUGCUUUCCUAUAGGAAAAGCAUUGGGAGGAUACUGCGCAUGUUCUCUAUGGGUAACAUUCAGCACCUCUAUGCAGAGCGUGGAGACGCUGAACAAAGGUGCUGCACACUGUACAGCACUGGCACAGGGCUCUCUAGUGGCCAUCUGAGUGACUGUCACUAGAGGUGCCACUAGGCAGCAAUGUAGACGUUAACAUUGAAAAGGCUACAGGGACAAGCUAUAGGCACUAGAACAACUGCAUUAAGCUGUAGGGGAUCUGGUGACUAUAGUGUCCCUUUAAGAAUUGUAUUUAAAAAAAAAAAAACUGUCUCCUAACUUUUUUUUUUAGAUGGCUCCUAGAUUCCAAACAAGUUUGUCAAGCCCUGCAUUAGGCCUUCCCCAUAGAAAGGCUUUAAAUCUAUACUUUCCUCUGGGGUUCUGCUUGAAUCAUGCAAAGUUUGAGAACAUACAGCGUUAUUUCACUGAGUUAAACGAAUUGACAGGAAGCACCACUAGAGGCAGUCUUAAUACAGUAAUGUAAACAUUACAGGGAUAGUCAUUGAGAAAAAGUGGUCUGGGUGCCUAUGGGGUCAAUUUAAAUAGAGGGAUGCCAAAUUGAAUUUUACAAAUUGUUGUUGCACUGGGGUUUAGGGUUUAUCCCCUUGCCGGCAGCACCUGGUGUGCCUUUAUAUGUGCAGGAAGCAGAGAAUUGUUGCAAGGUAGAGAAAGGAGGUGUUCUAAUUGCCAACCCAUGGAUUAGUGUGUUACCUCUGCCCCCAUUUAGCAUUAAAUGUGCGGGACUCACGGAUGUGUUCAGUUAUAAUAAAAUACAUGAUUUGUUAAAACCUUUCCUUUGAUUUCUAGGUACAAACCGCCCACCACCGAGAACUCCCCGACCCUAGAUGAUCCAACUCCAGACUAUAUGAAUCUCCUGGGCAUGAUCUUCAGUAUGUGUGGCCUUAUGCUUAAGGUGAGACAUUUUUUAAUAAAUGUCCUUUCAUUACUUCAUAAAAAAAGAAGUCUACAUUUUUAGUUCCCUUAUUAUACAGUGUGUUUAGUUUAAAAUGUCUUAUCUCUUACUCUGUUAAAUUCCUACUCGAGCCUGUAGUGUAGAAGAUUCUGAUGUGGGAGUAAAGUUCAUGUAACAGAGCAGAAGAUAAUAUGCAUAGUAGGCAAUUUUUAAAAAUGUGGUUUAUACUUGGUUUUGUAAAUAGAUGAUCCCUUUGGUUCUUGUGCUGUAAGUAUCUGUCUGGCCACUUUUUUUUAUUUAUAUUUUUUUGGGGGGGGGGAGUGUGAGGAUUUUAUUUAUCAGAAUGAAUACUGUUAACUGAAAAAAAAAAAAAAAGUCAUGCCGAAUAAAACAGGCUUAACAGAUACUUGUAAUUUAAUUAUUUUAUAAAACAUUGGUGAAUGUGCCUUGCACCCUCCAGGCUUGCAGGUGGGGAAUGACUUUUAAAGUCUAGCUACUAGCUGUAGCCAUGCAUUUUAUGUUAGGCAAUGAUAAAAUGCUGUUCCAUUUAUCUAUUGUAAAUGCUCACAUAUGGAUUUAAACAUUUGCUAUUUAUUGGUGCCGGUGAGUGUCUGUCUCAGCCGGUUCAUAGUUGGUUAUAAAUUUAUUUUACAAAUGUCUAAGCUGUCCCUUGACACUUUAAACUCUGUGUCCUUUUUUUACCCAUCAGUAUUACUUGGGUUAUUAUUUGAGCCAUCUUUUCAUGUUACAUGUGUGUAUGCGUGUGUCAUACAAGUGACUGGAGAUAAGACCAUCAAAAGAGGAAGAACUGUAAUCUCUAAGUGAACAUCUGAUCUACAUCUGAUAUGUUUUUUUUGUUUUUGUUUUUUCUGUUAAUAAAUUGUACGUUGUAAAAGUUAAAAUAGUGACCCACUAAUGAACACUUACAUUCAGAAUAUCUUCUUUAUAGCAAAAGCUUUAAAAGAACAACUUUAGCUUAAUGAAGUGGUUUUGGUGUAUAGCUCAUGCCUAUGCCAUUUAGGGGCUAAAUUACAUUGUUUAUGCAGUCUUAGUAACCCGUUCCUUGGCUGUAACUAACACAGCCUGCAUGGGGAAAAAAAGGUUUAAUAUUAUAAUGAGAUCUUACGGCACAUUGUGUUUAUUUUAGAAGUUAAUAUCUCCUGCUUGGUUUAUUGAGCUUUAAAGGGCCACUAGAAUCACCUAGCUCACCUUAUCGCAUUCAAGUUGUCUGGGUUCAAUGGUACUGUCCUUGUAACACUUCCAUAUAAAACAUUGGCAUUUUUGUAGAAAUUGCAAUCAAAUUUUGGGCGAGUGCAGCUUCUGGUCACGCAUUCGUAUCUUGUCCAUCAAUGUAUUUCGCAGUAACCAGUCUGCUAGCUCAGUGGUUACUACUCCAUACAUAGUCAGCAUCCCAGACUUGAUUUCUAGUAGUUUCAGCUUAGUUUUCAUUCUUUCAAGGUUAAUAAAAUGAAGACCAUUAAAUGACCACUAUAGUGUCAGGAAAACAUACUCGUUUUCCUGGCACUAUAGUGCCCUGAGGGUGCCCCCACCCUCAGGGUCCCCCUCCCGCCGGGCUGGAUGGAGAGGAAAGGGUUAAAUCUUACCUCUUUUCCAGCGCCGGGCGGGGAGCUCUCCUCCUCCUCUUCGGCUGAAUGCGCAUGCGCGGCAGGAGCUGCGCGCGCAUUCAGCCAGUCUCAUAGGAAAGCAUUCAUAAUGCUUUCCUAUGGACGCUGGCAUCUUCUCACUGUGAUUUUUCACAGUGAGAAGCACGCAAACGCCUCUAGCGGCUGUCAAUGAGACAGCCUUGAGAGGCUGGA